CCACUUAAACUCCUGACUCAUGAUGGACAUGCCAAAAUGCAGACCUUUCAGGUUGUUCAGACUGUGCAGACCAAACUUUCCUUCUUUGAACUAGUUGUCAUAUUUACUUGUACAUUGUAACCAGUCCUUCUGUUUCUGGUUCAUACAUGUUGUUAGACUUGUUGUUUGAUAGAGUUCAUUUUAUCUGGAUGCUUCCUAUAUCCAAUUAAAUUUGUCUUGUUGAUGGCACUUAAAGGACACAAAAUGAAAGUCAUAUUUCUCUACAACUUAUGCCAUUUUUCUGGAUUUCAAAAGGGUGAGAUUUAGAAUUUGUUUUGCUGUUUUUCUGGUGUGUUUUGUGCUAGUCAAUUUUCUCCUCUUUAUGUCGAGAUAUAAAUGAUGUACGACCCAUGGAUUCGAAACUCAGUGCAGUGGCAUCAAAAUUGGCACUCUUUGCAGUCUAUCUAUUUUCCAAGUUCAGUGGCUGAUAACUCUUUUGGUUGGAAGUGCUUGCAAAUUUUGUGGCUGAAGCUUUGUAACGAAUGGUUGCUGUUCUGAAAAGGAGUUCUUGUCAUCAUUUGUGUUUGACUAAACUAUGGAUUAAUGCCAGCUUGUUACUUUGAUGGGUUACUCAUAUUUUACUUCAAAAGUGCCUUGAUGAUCAGCCCAGUCACAAUCUCCAGAGCUGUUUGUGAAAAUCGUUAUUUUCCAAGUGACCCUUGAGUGGUUCUUUUCAGAACUUGAACUCUCUCUAGACUCUUCCAUGGCAGAGAAGGCUCAGCAACUCUGAAACAACCUAGUUGUCUCUAACACUACCAUUUGCCUAGUUGUCUCUGCCAUUUGCCUUUGUCUAUUCUGUCUGAAAAGUGGCAAGUCAUCAAAAAACAAUAACCUUGAUUGGCCCAGAAGCUCUGACUUGGAUAAUGCAUGGAGAAAUCAUGAUUACUAUGGCUCUUUUGCAGUUCCAUGCUAGUAUGUUAUAGUCACUAACAGCGGUUCUUUUCCAACUCCCCUCACGCAGACGAUCACCCUAGAGGAACCACUGAUACUCAUGGAUUCAAACCGUUUACAAAAUAAUAUAUUAUAAAUCUUCCCACAUCAGAAGAACAGUUCAGGGCUUCUGCAGCUGGUGCCUUUUAUUUUCUGACUGUUGACUUCAAACUCUUCUGAUUGCUGUUGUUGAGAAUAGUGAAAAACUUCUGGGAGUUUAACUUUUCAUUUUGCAAUGCUUUUAGAAUCUCUAAGUAGUCUAAGAAAAACAGGCCGCUCUUUUAUUUUCAAAGCAUCUGCUUCACUAAGAUAAACCAGAGGUACACAUAUCAAAGAUAGUGUCCUGUUGGUCUUAAUAAAGAGUUUGCUGUUCCACCCAUCAAAGGACGAAGUGUCAUGGGUACAUUUUUCAGUGGCUAGCUAAUAAAGAGGCCACCACCAGUGGUGACAGAGUUAACAAGACCAUUACAUUUGUCAUUUCCCUUGACACUGGUUACAGAGAAUUAUGUUUGUGGAACUCAGAGCCACAUAAAAUUUAUGGUAAAUUUUAUGUCAAUCAGUGUUCAUGUUCAAACAAUUUUAAGCCCAUGUUUCCACAAAUAUUGCAGUGAGAUAUUUGCAAACAGGCCUACUGUUGGAAAAAUUGGCUAUUUAAAAUAUAUGGUAUGUAUUUGAUGACAAAAUAUCUAUAUCGUACCUCUAAAUUGUUCUCCAAGCAAAUAGCAUCUGCAAUAUAUGUUCCAGAUUUCCUCCCUUGCAAAAACCAACACUCCAAAUGCUAAUCCAAUCCUGAUGCACUAAUACUGUAUAACAAGUCAUGGACUGCUCACCUGGGAAUUGAGGGCAAAUAAAUUACCUUUAAAUUUACAUUAAAAAUGAACCUGAAACCAGAUGAAGUGAAAACAAAAGUACUCUGUCAGUCUGCAUGUACAGUCUGCAGGUUCUGCAUUUUGGAUGAGCUAACAUGCCUAGAUUUUAGAUUCAGUGGCUGGCCUGUUAUUACUUGUUAUCCAAAAUGUAUGCUUUAUACAUUAAAUAAAAUAGUGUUUUGAGACAGGUUAUGCUAUGAUAUUCUACUGAUUGAUGUCUUAAGAAGUACCAAAACUUGUUUUGCUGUUGUCACAUUGAAGUCAUGAACCAUAAACUGAAAAACAUUGUAAUAAAUAUUAGCAUUGCAUCAUUUUAUAAAGGAUACUGCUGGAAACAUCUGUUUGUCCUAGACUUUGUUUUUGCCAGUUUGUAUUUGUACACACUCAGGAUAAAAUUUUAUGAUCAAAGUUUGAGUGACAGGUUUGAGGUAUCAUUUAAUUUUGACUUUCACCAUCAUCAAGAUGAGAGUUUUCCUUCCAUGUUAAGUGGAAAGACUAAACUAGCUAGGUAAGCAUUAUUUUCUGUCAGCGGUUUGCAUCAUUAAUAUGCUCUAUUUAAUUUCCAAAAUUAAAGGUUUGAUUAAUCAGAAUUGCACACUUAUGGUCACACAUUGGCAUAUGAAAAAGUUGUGGUCACACAUUGGCAUAUGAAAAAGAUAGAGUACACACAGUUUGUUAACUUUAUAAAACUCAGAUCUUGAAACUCAAACUUGUAAAAUGAAAAAACUCAGAAUGCUUAAGUAUUGAAGUGUUGUAUACACAGUUCCAGGAUUUCACCCAAAGUUGGACUAUUGUACUUAUCUAUAAUAUUGUCAAAUAUGUCUGGACUAAAUUAAGUAAAACUAUCAAUUUAGAACAAAAUAAUCCAAGACGAGACUUAAACUACAAUUAUGAUCAGUGAGUCAUGUUUGACACUAAGAAAAUUAUGCACAAACAAGUCAAUCUGCAUUUUAGCUUGUUAAUAUAACCUUGCCUGGUUAUACACUAAGUGAGAUCUGUCUUCUUGUAGGGAUUCGUAACCUAAUUACAUAGUAAUAAUUUUGUAAGCUGGCUAGCACUUGGAUCACAAUCUAUUUUGACAGGUUACAACAAUCAACCUGUUAUGCUUCAAUCUGUUUUCCAAGAAUGAUUGCUUUUACUAUGAUUAAAAAUAAUAUAAAAUAAAGAGUAUGGUUUUAUUGUCUAACAAGAAGAUGUAUCGGUUAAGACAAGGAAAUUUUUAACUGCCAGCUUAAACAGCUUGAUCUCUUUGUUUCUGUUUAUGAUUGAGAGAAAAUUUUCAGUUGUGUAGUGUUCUAUUAGGACUUGUGUACAUGUGCACUGUGCAUUCAUAAAAAUUAUAUGUAACAUUAGAAAUAUUGGCUAGGAUAAUGAUUACCAAUCUCAUUUAUUUUAUUUUCUAUCAAAUUAUGUGUGUAUCAACUCCUGUUUUACAGGACUGACAGCAGUAAAUGCUUACAUUCACAAAAACCAAGAAACUAUCACAAACUUGGAAGCUACAGUAACUGCAAAGGAUGUUCAAACUCCAAUUUUUUUACCUAAGAGUAGUUUCUUUUUCUUACCCCAACAGUUCCUUCACUGUCAACAACUUCAGUCUAUAGCUUGCCAUCUUCCAACACUUCCCCAGUUACCUCAGCUGUGAUGUUCAGAUGCCGCUGCUCAAACUGUUCAGGUUCAGAUAGUUGUACCACAGUGGUGGGCUGCUUCACUAUCAACAAUUACACAACUGGACGUACAAAAGUAACAGAAAAAGGAUGUUUCGCUAGCUCAGAGGUGUACAGAGUACAGUGCACUAAUAGUACACAGAGGCUGGCAUGCUGUAAACAGGACAUGUGCAAUGACUUCCCAAUCUCUGAUGAAGGCAAUGAACAGAAGCAAGUGAAGACACCAACAACUUUGCCAACAAGAAGGCCUCACAUAGCAAAAUGUCAUGAUUCACCAAGCAACAAGUUUUAUGGUGAGGCAGAAUCUUGGGAGCCAAAUGACUGUACGGUCUGCAUUUGUCGUAAUGGCACCCCUGAGUGCUUGGCUACAGUAUGUCGUCACCCAGACUGUAAAGAACCUUUGUAUAUUAAGGGCCAGUGCUGUCCUGUUUGCCCAUUGGGUGACUCAAGCACCUCGGGGCAUAAUGAAGCAGAUGUCAUCAAAGCUUUUGCAGAGAAUAAACUGGACACUGUGUUAGUGAGCAUUAAUCAUGGACAGAAGCGAGAUGUGUGCCGGGACAUUCGUUCAGGACAGUAUUACCUGGUGGGUCAGAGUUGGCAGUUGGACCAGUGUACAACGUGUUAUUGUGGUAAAAGUGGCAAGGCAGCUUGUGCAGUGCAGAUGUGUGAAAGAGAUCCUCAGUGUAAGGAUCUCCUUCAUGACAAUAAUCACUGCUGUCCAAAGUGCAGGGAUGAGAAUGUCGUGAAGUCAACCAGCAAAUGUUAUGACACAGUGACAGAGAAGUAUUACAGAGAGGCUGAACUGUGGCAAAGAGAUGAGUGUACCUCUUGUUAUUGUGGAAGUGAUCGCAAACCAGAAUGCACCGAGACUGCUUGCCCACCAUUGUUUUGUGAAGCACCGUUGAAGAUCAAACAAAGAUGUUGUCCUGUUUGUCCAGAUACCAUUCAACAAGGUUGUAUGUAUGAUGGACAAAAGUUUCUACAUGGUGACUUCAAACUUCUGUUGGAUCAGUGCACAUUGUGUAAUUGUGAUAAUGGCGAUUGGCACUGUACAAGGGACAGCUGUUUGGGCUCAGAGGUACAUGAAGAUAGACGGCCGAGUUAAACUUGUGGGUCUGAGAAAGAACAAGACAGUCAAAACAGGAAAGUCCAGACAGGGCUGUUAAGUGCCAAGGAAUAUCCAAUAUUUCAUCCUAAAAUAAAACUGAUGAUCAUUUUACAUUGAAGUUGAUUUUGUAUAUUAUGUUAACCACUGUUAAGUGGAAAGCAAACUCUGUAUAUUAAAUGCACAGUGAAGCAUCAGUGUAUAUAGGCACUUAGAUAACAUUUGUCAGGCUGUCAAGUUGCAACUUCUGCCUUAUCUAGAUUUUGAUGAAUUUCAAAUUUCUCAAGAAUCAAAGACAGUAUCAGUGACAGGAAAGGAAGACGUUAUUUUAUUCGAAACCAUAGAGCAAAUCAUGGACAAGUGAUAGUACUUACUCGAGAGAGAAUGAAGGGUAAGAGAAUAGACCAAUUUCGAUAUAUUAAAAUUCAGCCUAAAACAAUAGACCUCAGUGCGAGGCUCUGGGGAAUAAUUA